CCACCACCACCAUCACGGCGAUGAACCCAUCACUAGUGCUCGACCUCGCGAUGCAAGGAUUCUGCAGCACCACCCACCUCGUCAGCAUGGAGAGACGGGCACCUAUCGCCGCUCCUCCCGCCAGCAGGAGUGAAAAGGUGGAAGACGAGCAGUGAUAGGACGCAGCUGCAUGCAGAUACCCCACCACAGCGCUUAAUAGCCUCUCAGCCCUGGACCCGCGUGCGACUACAACGCCCGCGGCGAGUGGCAGCUCGACGUGGCGGGCGCCUACAAUCUGACUGUAUGGCACAACCUGCUCGAGAAUAGCUGGAAUGACGAGUCCUCUCCCACGCGGCGCGCCUACAGUUGAACUUUGUAGCGGCACAUCCGUUGCUGGCACAUCCCAACUCCCAACUUUCUUUCCUCGUCCCUGCGCCUCCAGGCUGAUCACUCUGCGGGUGGCGUGCCGCAGGCCUCUUCGACGACCGCGAACAUGAACAGCAUCCUCUUGAUUUUCCUGGUAGCCCUCCAGCUGGUCUGGGCCGGCAACAAGGACGAGAUCAAAUCUGCGGGAAUCGACGACCAUGCAAAGGCCGCUUACUUCGUCCUGGCGAGUUCGGGUUACGUCUUCGCUCUGAACGUGGCCGAGAAUGGAGACGUCUAUUUCCACAUGAAUGCGCCUGCUUCGCACUCAUGGAUGGGCGUCGGGUUCGGGAGUAGCAUGAAAGACACCAGGAUGAUCAUCUCUUACAUCGGCGACGAUGGCCACACGCUGAUUAACAGUCCGCGCAUGUCUAAAGGGCACUCCGAGCCAGAGUGGGAAAAGGACAUCCGAAUCGACAACGUGCGCAACGAUACCUACGCACCAUUCUCCAACACGUUGAGCCCAGAUGGCAUUAUGAUUUCGCACGCUGUUUGCAGGAACUGCUCGUCGUGGGCGACUGGAAGUAUCGAUACGACCAGCAAGACUCAGCCGUUUAUCUUCGCUCUCGGCCCGAAUGUUACUCUCCACUCGGACGACCUAAAUGCACCUCUGCAUAUUCACGAGUUUCAUGGUGUUUUCCAGCUUGAUAUGACUGUCGCAACUAACAGCACUGGAUGGUAUGGAAGAGUUCCUGCGCCACAAGACCCCGGCCUCCAGGUCGGCGACUCAUACUGGGCUUUUGCGAAUUACUUCAGCUCGAAUGUCUACAACACUGGUCGCGACUCGGAGUGGGCACAAAUUGUGCAUGCGGUUUUCAUGUCUUUGGCUUUCCUUCUGGUCUUCCCCCUCGGAGCCAUCAGUCUGAGGCUCUUGAGAAGAGCCCCGCUUCAUGCAGGAUUUCAGGUGGUCGGCCUUGGUCUAGUUGUCAUUGGCUUAGGGCUCGGCGUAUAUGCGUCGCAACUGUACAACAAGUCGAAGCACUUCAAGUCUGCGCAUCAAAUUCUCGGGUUGUUCAUUUUCGCUGGAAUCCUGCUGCAGAUCGGCCUAGGACUCAGUCAUCAUAUCAUCUUCCUGCGCUCUGGCACACCGACUGUACUAGGCAAGAUUCACCGCUUCCUCGGCAUAUCAAUCAUGAUACUAGGUGUCAUCAACGGUGGCCUCGGCCUCGAUUUUGCUGGAAGCUCGAUCGUGGGCUACAGUGUGGCAGUGGCCGUCAUGGCCGUUAUUUAUGGAGGACUAUCAGCCGCCAUCUACUUCUACAACAAAAAGCAUAUGUACAAACCGGAAGGUGAAGACUUCGGGCGGAAAGAGUUCGGAGUUGAACCUCCGGAUGAAUACGAAAUGCACCAGACUCCGUUUGCGGCAAUGGGUCAGACUGGCUAUGUGCAGACUCCAAGGACUCCACAUGUGAAGAGAGCCAACUGGGACGAUGACCCGAACGACUACAGAACAUAUCUGCAACGAGGAGGGGACCGAGGCACUGAAGCGAAGCCAACUCUCUACCGUCAAGAGAGCCUGUAUACUGAUACUCCUGCAUCGGACAGGGAGAACCCAUUCAAGGCGAAAUGGGAGGCAGUGCCUAUACGGUGACCAGCGCCCAGCUUUCGUAAUCAUAAUUAGACGCGCCUGCAUAGCGAGCAUUUAGACAGCAUUGUCAGGCGUGUACAGACAUUUCACAUUCGCGGUCACAACUCUUAGCAUUGCAGCCCUGAUCCCCGCCGGGUCGCACCAACAAACGUGAUCUUCAUUCCUGCAUGGUAAUUCAUCACGAAGCCCAAGAAGAGCGCAUCUGUCUCGCCCUCAACAAGUCACGAAGAACUUCUGAUCGACUGACGCAAUAGAGUCCCGUUCGCUCGAGCGAGCAGGACCCGAAAGUUAUUUGCAAAUAGAAACCUGGUUCCGGCGGCC